GGCUGCGCCCAGUCUCCGUUUAUCACUUUAUUAAACAUUAACUGUAAUAAUUUAACUGUAAUAAACAUUAUUAAAUUCGCUCAGGUUUCUCACAGUGAGGCAUAAUGUCAAAACCUCCACCAAAACCCGCCAAACCAGGUCAGGUGAAAGUGUUCAGGGCUUUGUUUACCUUUGACCCUCGGACGCCUGACGAGCUUUACUUUGAGGAGGGAGACAUCUUAUACAUCUCAGACACAAGCGAUAGUAACUGGUGGAAGGGAACAUGCCGAGGAAGAACUGGUCUCAUUCCCAGUAAUUAUGUGGCGGAACAGGCGGAGUCUAUCGACAACCCAAUGCAUGAAGCGUCCAAGAGAGGGAAUCUGAGCUGGCUCAGGGAGUGUUUGGACAAUAAGGUGGGCAUUAAUGGACUGGAUAAAGCAGGGAACACAGCGCUGUACUGGGGCUGCCACGGGGGACACAGAGAUGUGGUGGAGCUGCUACUUUCCCAGCCAAAUUGUGAGGUUAAUCAGCAGAAUAAACUGGGAGACACAGCUCUGCACGCUGCUGCCUGGAAAGGAUAUUCAGACAUUGUGGAAAUGCUUUUAAACAAGAACGCCAGGACAGAUGUGUUGAAUAAUGAGAAGAAGACGGCUCUGCAGAUGGCCACUAACGCUCAGUCUGCGUCUCUACUGAAGAGGAAGCAGGGCAGCGUGAUCACGCGCACACACAGCAAUGCUGAGAGUAUCUGGAUGAUGAAGACUCUGACUGAGAGACCAAAAGGAGCAUUAACAACAUUCCAUCACCAAAUACUGUGUGUGUGUGUGUGUGUGUGUGUGUGUGUCUGAGAGAGAAAUCAGUUGCAGCAUCUAAAUUAAACUUAAAUCCACAAUAACGUUGUUUCUAUACCAGUUUGUUGAAAACAUGCUGCUUAUGAUAAACAUACUUCUGUGUGUGUGUGUGUGUGAGUGUGUGAGUGAGAGAGAUUAUUUUGUACUAACAGAGCUUGAGAGUUUGUAUGUUAUUUGGAUUUUAAAGCUUUAAUAACUAUGCUAAUAAAACACUUUACACUUGUGUGUAUAAA